AUGAGAUCUUCUUUCAACAACGAUCUGAAGCAUUCAGAUUCUGCUGAGCAAGAGCUGCGUCUCCAAGAUGUCUUUGAGUCGACUACUGGUAUUAAUAGCAGCACUGGUACCGCCAGCACUUCGAUGAGCCCCGAAAGCCAGGGCAGCGAGCAUUCGUCUUCUAGUGGAGAUGGUGGAGGUCUCUCGGAAGAUCUCGUCCGACAGUUCAACGCCUCCGUGGGCUCCGCGUCGCUGCAUCGAUCAGUGGCAGAGUUCUAUUUGGAAAUGUCAGCUCACGAUGUUGGCUCUGCCGUCAGCUUCUUCAAGCAAACCCUAAACCAUCCUUCUGCAAAGCAACAGCAAGAGCAGUCGCAGGAACAGUCUCCACCUCCACGCCGAUCCCUUUCACCUCGGCCAUCCCAUUCAGCAACAGCAAGACGCCUCAAGUCCCAUGACCAUGACAUGUCGGGCGAUGGUGCUGCGAUCCGUCCGCGCAGGCAGACUCCCAAACGAAACAAGUCCUUUGAUGCUGCUGAGGCUCCCACUGUCACGGCACCUCCCGCGGAAAGAACCAAUCACCAACACUACAUUGAUCGUACAUGUAGUCCUGGUCUUCUUCCGCAGAAGGCUACCACUACAAGUAUUCCAAGAUACACGUCCGUUGCCGUCACUCCUGCCGCCAUGAAGGUCCCUUUCCGAGGACAUAGAUCCAAGCCUGCCAUGCCGCUGGUACGCUCCAAGUCGGAGCGCAGGGUUCGGGAGUACACUGCAAACACCGCCAUGAGCACCACUGCCCACACUCACCCGGGCCAUCCGUCUCGUCAAGGUCCUGAUGUCCGUCAAUGUCCGCCACGCACCCGAAGCAGCGACAGCAGCGUUUUCUUCAAACAACAUGAUUGUACCACAGGAACAGGACAUUACUACCAGUACCAGAACGAUUCUGCCGCCGUCACUCGCCCACCGACAGCCCAAAACAACCACUACCAAAGGGCCAUUUCAGCUAGGCAAUUGCACUCGUCGUCUUGGGAACCUCCCUCAGGGACUCCCUUGUCAUCCAACCCAGCUGCUUAA